AGCACAGCUGCCGUCAAUUUGGGGCUCAUAAAUUGAACUCGAAUUGUAGGACACACAUAAUUUAGAUAUGUAAAACACGUAAGCAGUCGAACAAGUCGUAAACAAGCCCGUAGAUAGAUGACAUUUACUGCUACCCGAUAUUAGAUAUAUUUGUUAGAAUCAAGAAUAUAUUAAAUACAAUACAAUGCAUACCAAUUUCGAUGACGUCAAUUCAGAUCCUUCGCAAGCGAACUAUCAUGAGGGUUCCAUAACCAAUAUGCCAACGUUUUUCGCCAAUAACUUGGUCAAUGAGAUCUUCGAGGUGAUCAAGGAGCAGGAGGGAACCUGCGUCACCAAAAUCAGUGACGCUGAAUGCCCAAUUCCCAGACCCAAGAAGGAUGCUAACGAGGACAUGGAUCCGCGUCUCAAGUGCUGGAAUAAGAUGUUGAAACAGCGCAAAGCUAUAGAACAGCGCAUACAGCUGCACACGGGAAAGCGAUCGGAGGAUGUGCUCUUCAAUCGUCAUGUCACCAUCGAUGAUCAGUCGAAGAAGAUGCUGUUGCGCCUGCUGGACAGUGCCAAGCGCAGUGAAGGCUAUCCGCCGGAUCAUGUCCAGAGUGUGCUCAAGAUGCGCCUCGACGUGGACAGCUGUCAGGAGAUCAGGGAGCUUCAGGCAACGGAUCCACAGCUGCAGCAGCUGGAAUUUGUAGGUUUGCCGCAGGUAACUCAGCUGGAACUGGGCGGCGUUAUCGAUCCGCCGGAGAGUCAAUUUCAGCGCUCCCAGGUGCUGGAACAGCGGCUGGAAGAGUACGAGGAAGACAUCAAGCGUGUGCUGAGCUAUUGUCCACAUGUUGAGAAGCUGCAGGUGGCUCCUGGCUUCAAUCUCAGCAGCAUACCGGUAAUGGACAGCAUGCAGGUGGGCGAGGAGAAGCUGGUGAAUGUGUCGGAGACGAGCGAGGAAAUGCCACUGAGCCCAGAGCCCAAGGAGUCCAUCAAGACGACAGUUGAGAAGAAACCACUUGUGUUUAUCGAGAAGCCACCGCAAAAUCUAAUUAGAAUCAAUGGUUGUGUCUAUGGCUUUGGCGACAUAGAAGGACCUUUGAGCAGUGACUUGCAGCUGUUCUUCCAGUGCGAUCCCUUUCAGCGCGUGCGUAAGACCAUAGUGCUACUGGAGAACAUUGGCAACAAGUUCGUUAUGGUGCGCUGGCAACAGAACACCCUGUACAACAGGGAGCUCAAUCAGCAUCAUGCAACCAAUGGCGAGUUCAUUUUCGACACUCAAUCUUUCAUAUUGGUGCCGGGUCAUCAGCGUCGCAUCGAUGUCAUGUACAAUCCCAUGGUUGUGGGCAUCAAGAAGCAGCAUUGGACCCUCAAUCUGCAACGCUCCUCGUUCUGUGGUGUGCGUCGCCUCAAUAUCCGAUUCCAUGGCAUCUGCACGGAGCCAACUUGCUAUGGACAACGCCUCAAUCGCGAGCUACAAAGUGUCGUCAGCAAGAGGAAUCGACAGCUUGCCGGUCGUCUGACCAAAUUCCAUGCCGAGUUGGCUCCGAUUGUGGAGCAACCCCAUCUGGAUUGUCCCUAUGAGCGGCGAUUGGAUGAGCGUGAAGUCUUUAGCGCACAGAAUCCGGGAUUCCAGUCCCUGCGCUAUGCGGAUCUGGAAACGCUGAAGCAACUCUAUAUGCUGGUGAAGAAGCCCCGCCAGCCGCCCUGGGACUACAAGAUUGAGACAGUGCGUCAAUGCAUCUAUCAGCACGAGGCGCAACAACGUGAGGCGCUCCAGAAGCUAUUGCUGGACAUUAUCGAGCCCAUGAGAUGCAAUUCCAAUGAAAUAUUCACCAAAGCGGAAGCCAAUGCCGAAAGGCAGCGUACUUGCCUCGUCUAUGUGAAGGGUAUUAUCUGUAGUGCCAUUGAGGAGUGGGAAGUGCUAGCUCAAACCUUGGAUCAGCAGUUCUACAAGUCGGAGCUACAACGCUUUAUCAAUAGCCUGCUCGAUGCUGGUCAGCUGAUUCCCAAAGAUGAUGAGAUUAUUGAGUGGUAUGUCUCGAAGAAAGUGAAGAGCUGCAAGUAUUUCAAGGACUCGCUCUAUAUACAGACCUAUACAGUGCUCUGUGAUGCCGCUGAGAAUAUUGUCAGUGCCAUUGAGAGCACUGUGCAUCUCUGAACCUAUUCCAAGUUACUGUUAGUCUUUGAAUUCAAUUUGUAAGCCUUGAAUAUUUUGUAGACAUUUCUACUGCUUUUGUCAUGCUCCUCAAUUCAAAAUCAUUAACUAAAUAAACACUUCACUUGUGAUUA